GGAGCAGACGUGUGAUUCUCAUCCUGAAUUUUCCUUGUAUGGUUCCCCACUGAAUACCCAUGUUGAAAAGUGACUGUUAAUCCAUUUGUUCAAAAUAAGCGAUAAAAAGUGAAUAACAGGUGGCUACAAGGCAGCGCUCAACUGGUGUUGCAUUUUUUGGCUACUUUGAUCGUGAAGUCAACGGAACAACAAGUUGCUGCAGCAGUUUCGACGUGACCUUAUAGCUUAUUGGCAGACAAAAAAAAAUCAGCAAAACUUGAGUGGAGUUGAGUCACAUGAGAGAAGAAUCAUCUCGAUUGAAACGAAACGCCGAAGCUUGUCUGUCGGUGAACUGAUUCAAUUUGGAUGAAUAAAGCGAUGGUGCAGUCUCGUAGUAUGUUUUAGAUACUGAGUGAGUUGUUUUUGGGAAGUUUUGAAGACCCCGGUAGACACCUCGGCGUCGGCAGAGUUUGAUUGCGCGCGAUCCACAAGUAAUAGGUAUUUUGGUGGGUGGCAGUGUGUUAGAUAGAUGCCUUUGUUGUUUUCGCUAUUACCUUUUGUGCAAUUAGCUGUGAUUCUCGUGCAAUGAGUAAAAUGAUUUAUUUAUGAUUGUCGUAAUAGGUAGAUACAGAGAGUGUAUCAAGAAGUGCAUUACCUCAGUAGGCUGAAAACGAGAGCGUGUUUCUACGGUGACGGUUACGAAGUGUUGUGUACAGAUGCAGUAGAUGAAGAUAGGACAAUGAUGAAUGCGAAAUCAUCGUGCUAAAGGGGCAUUGAUUAAAGAAAAAAUGAGCAAAUAGGCGUGUAAUACAACACACGUAUACAUCGUAGAAUGAGUGAUAUAAGUGUCUCGUCUCGAAAGCAGAGAGAGUAAACACAGGCAAGGAGGCAACAGUGUGUCUAUGCCAAACGAAUGGGUUCGUUCAUCAAUGUGUGUUAUCAUUGAUUACAAGUGUCAAUAGGUGAUAUAUUUUCUCAGUUUUCACAGAAAUAUCGAUGAAUAAUUCGAAGACGAUAGAAGUUUGUAAACAACAUCAAUGCAUGCUACCAGAUUAUUUGGGUUUGGAAACGAGUUCAAAGUUCCAUACAGGGUUGUAAACAGUGAUUAGUACACAUUUCAUCGAUUUGAUUGGAAUUGGAAAACACCUUGAGGUGUCAACGAGGAACGAAACAGAGAAAACUCUCAACACAACAAGAGAGAAAAAUCGAAGGAUAUCCAGCUGCCGUUGUUGGUGCUACACGGCAAGGACACAACAAGGAAGAACCGGCAUUCUUCCAACAUUCUUGUAACGAUAACGUGGCCUAGGUGAUAAACUACCAAACCGUCAAAGCUAUGAGUGCUGCCAGUAUAUUAGAGUUACAAACGUGGAUCGUUUAUCAGCGGAUUGCUGCGGAAUGUGCAAACUGUUUGUUUAUGACCGACAAUGCAUUCAAAGCGAAAGACAUCGGUCUGCGGGCGCAGAAGAAGAUCCUAUCCCGCAUGGCCAGCAAGAAUGUGGCCAAGGUUUUCAUCGAUGGAACGACCGCAUCGCUGCUGGACAACGUCUACCGGUUAGCAAAGACACACACCGGUAACAAGAAGGACGCGGAACGUCUAGUCAAGAACGUCAUCAAAAUCGUGAUCAAAAUUGCCGUCCUCCACCGCAACGGUCAGUUCAACGCGGACGAACUGAAGCUGGCCGAUCGAUUCCGAGCCAAGUUCCAAACCCUGCAGAUGGCCAUCAUUUCGUUCUACGAAGUGGACUACAGCUUCGAUCUCAACUAUCUGCUCAAAUCGCUACAGGAGGUACAAGCGUUGCUCAAAUCCUGCGUCGAGCGGCACCUGACGGACAAGUCGAUCGGCCGGAUCGAGGAGGUGUUUGCCUUUUUCAGAGAUCCGUCCCUGCUGGAGACGGCAUUCCGGCAGGAGUCGCCCUACCGGGACCUCAUGGAUAAGAUCAUCGCCGAUCUGAACAAAGCGAUGGAGAACGGAGAUAUUUAAUGGCGCUGCUGUAGCAUGUUAGGCACCGUAAGUGAACCUAUAAAUCAGAGCUUGUUUGGACGAUAAUUUGUACUUUUUGUGUAGAUUAGCGCGUCGUACGUGAGAAUUAGGGUGGUAAUUCUUGCGUGUAGUGAUAAUUAAGCAGGAAACUAUGGUAUUAUUUGCUAGGAACCUGGGCCUAUUUUCCAAGCCAAAAACACGCUUACUGCAAUGGCUCUAAUAAUGCUAAUUUAUUUGUUGUUCUGAAUUAGGUGUGUUAAGGCUUGUUGCUGAUCCGUCGCUUGCCAGUCACUAGAAUGGCGGAUCAGCAUACUCGGAGCUAAAUUAUCAUCCUUUCGUUGAUAGUAUUAUCAAUGAGGUUAUUACUAUAAGUUCCAAAAGCUAGGAUUACAAUCGUACUGUUGCACAACAAUGAUGAUGAUACGAAGCUAGAUUACACUCAAAGAAAAUGUCUUAGUCAUUACUGGUAGGAAUGGGUAGUUGAACUUCGGGGUGAUGAUAACUAAUGGCAGCGACUGUUACAGAGUUAGUCAGAUCAAAUCUACGUACUUUUAUAAAACUCGUUUCAACAUUUUGCAGUAUGCAGAGAUUAGAAAAAAAAAUGAAAUUCGGAGUGGUCAAGCCGGGUCUACGAAGUUCGACUACCAACGCACAGUUUUGUGUUAUGUUUGGAGAUGCUUGUAUACAGUCGUCCUAAUCUCAAUAUUCGGUUUCUUCAUCCGCAGUCAGAGCCGACGUUCAUCACACUUGCCUGUUGUUAGAUGAGUGUGUAAAUAAUAAAUAACUCAUAUCUUGAAAAGAAAAUAACAACAACAUUAAUGAAUGAUAUUUGAAGAAACAAAAGAAACAACACUGCGCUCUUUUACGCACACUGUUAGGUACCCGGAGAGGGAGGCAAAAAACUAUACAGCAACUUUGCUAUUGUCUAAGAUUGAAAUAUAAAUUUAAAACAGAUAUUCUAAGUCAUAUAUCUUAUCUACAUAGACUUUUUUGAAUAGGCAAAAACCGAACAAGUAACAGAAAACAACUCAUAUCAACGACCCGCACCGCCGAGGUCUAAAGUGGGAAAACAAAUUUUCCUCAACUUUUCGAAUGUACUUAAGAAGAAGCAACCACACUCACAAAUUAAUAGGAAAAUAUUCGUAGGACAUAUUAUGUAGGCAAACUCAACAGCUGGAUUUCACGUUACUCGUUUGUGCGCGGUUAGGGAAGAAAUUUGAAAAUGUAUUUGUUAGAACAACAAGAAGAAACGAAGAUAUAAUUUUACGACCGGAAUUACAAACCAACACAAACAAACUCACAUAAGAAGGACCAGUUUUUCCUUUAUUUGAUUUGCGAGUAAGAGAAGAAGAAUUUGAGUAGAUACACACAUAAUGGACACCGGACGAAAAUUCGUAUAACCAAUCGAAAUUGAUUUGAAGAAAAUCCAGUGCAAACAUUCUAGACAACAUAUGUAGGUAAUGAUUGCCUUCAGAGAAAGGAAGAGAAACAUUUGUGUAUUGUUAGAAAUGGAUAAUCGUUGUCUAACUUGUGGUUCGAGGUGCCUGCUGGAGUGAGUACAAGCACACCACCAACAAUGUAAACAAACAGAUGAUAUUUUGAUCGGAGUUGAAAAUAAAGCGGAGGUGUAUUGAAA